UCGGCGCCUGCGGGUGGGCUCAGCGCGGCGAGCUCGAACUCCCUCGUCGCCCGCGGGUGUAGCUGCGUCCUCCGUGGCCCCAGGCCUUGACCUCCCCCUGGAACUGGACACCCCUGGCCUCCUGGCUCCCGACGUGCCUGUGCGCUCGCCCAGAGGUGAGGAAGGGGAGCAGGGACAGGGGCACCUGGAAACUGAGUGGCCGCUGGAAGUGACGUCUCUGCUGUUCGCCGGCUCAACUUUGCUCGUCCAGAAUUUGCUGCCUGGGCUAUGGGAGAUGUAAGCGAAUUAAAAAUGCAAAUAACGCCGGAAACUCCAGGAAGGAUCCCCAUUUUAAAUCCCUUUGAAAGUCCUAGUGAUUAUUCUAAUCUCCAUGAACAAACCCUUGCCAGUCCUUCUGUCUUUAAAUCCACAAAACUACCAACUCCAGGGGAAUUUAGGUGGUCUAUCGACCAGCUGGCUGUAAUAAAUCCUGUAGAAAUAGACCCAGAGGAGAUUCAUCGACAGGCCUCCUACUUAAGUCAUUCUCGAACAGAUAAAGAUGUGGAAGACAAAAGACAAAAGGCCAUUGAAGAGUUUUUCACUAAAGAUGUCAUUGUACCCUCUCCGUGGACUGAGCAUGACGGGAAACAGCCCUUAGAGCUUCAUCCCAGUAAAUGCCUUAAUGGCAACAAUGACUCUCCUGUUGGGCAGAAGCUGACCCGUCCCUCAGAGAAAUGCAAUGCUGCGUGUCAGACUCUGCUGUCUCUUCCUGUGGAUUUUAAUUUGGAAGCCAUAUUGGGAGACUAUUUUAGAGCUGAUGACUCUGCAGACCAAUCUCCUGGCAACCUCAGUUCCUCAUCUCUCAGAAGAAAGCUCUUUUUGGAUGUGAAUGGGAGCAUCUCUGACUCCUUCCCUUCAGCUUCUCCUGGAAGUCCCAGCAGUGUUCGAGAAUCUCUUGAGGGACAGUUUUCUUCUAGCCCCAUUAAGAAUGGUACAAGAAAAUACAGUUUGGGGAGCAUAACCAGCCCAUCGGCUGUCUCUCCGCCCACUUUCUCACCAAUUGCACUUCAAGUAGGAAAGACCCCACUCUCAGAACAGAGGAAGUUUACAUUUCAUUCUCCUGAAGCUUCAUCUGGAGCCGGUUCUACUGGGAUCACUAAUCCGAGCAUCAGGAGUCCGUACAUAGAUGGCUGCUCACCAAUUAAAAAUUGGUCUCCUGGGAGACUCAGAGGUGGUCCUCAGUACUUGUCCUCACUGAUUCGGAUCCCUUUUACUCUUGAGACUCACAGUGAAGAUGAAGAAGACACUGUUCCCUCCACAGAUGUCUCUCCACGAGGUACAAAUGCAGCAGUAGCCCUUCAGCAGUUGAACUGUGAGACUUUGGCAUGUAGCGAGCCCUUGGGUGUCACCGCCAUGUCGGUUACACAAAGUCAGUCUAGUACUUCUGAGAAAGAAUUGGCGCUGUUGGAGGAUGUUGAAAGCGAGAGGGAAAAUGAGACCGUGGAUAUGUUCGACCCCAUAGACAUAGUAAAAGAAAGCACGUGGAUAAAGGAGCCAGUGAAUGAUGGAAACUUACCCAUGAGUGAUUUUGUGAGUGGAAUUGCCUUCAGUAUUGAUAAGUCUCACAUGUGCAUGUGGCCUCUCGCAGAAAGCAGUGUUCUGCCCUGUGAAAGCAGUAAUAUCCAGAUGGACAGUGGCUACCACACACAGACUUGUGGAAGCAAUAUCACUGCUGAUAUUGCUGGGACAGAAAGCUACUGUAAAGAAAAUGUCAUGCAGUCCUUAGAAGUGGAAAUGAAACCUCAAGUCUGUAAUGUAAAGCAGGACCACACAGUGCAGAGGUGCUGGAUGAAAACUGCAAGUCCAUCUCAGUGCAGCAGCCCGUAGUCUCAGGACCAGACUACCACUCAGUAGCCUUGUGUUUUUAUACACAACCUAACAUGAUGGUGACUGGGAACUGCUUCAAGUAAUAUGCCUAGCCCCUCCAGAAUGUGAAAAAUCAGUCCACACAGGAAAUUAGUGACAGGAACAGAAGCUCCAAGUUACUAAAGUACAAGCUUAUUUUUUAACCAAUAAAUAUUUUUGUAUUUGCAUUGAGUGGUUUGUUUAACAAAAAAUUAUGACAGCUGAUGGCUUUCUCUUGUCCUAUGGGGUCACUGAACCACUUGUUAAGACUUGGAAUGAGUCCUGAAUUUAGCAAUUCUUAGAACGUGAUAAAACUGUUAAAACUGAAUACACUAUAUAUUUUUACAUGAAAACUGUGUGAAGGAAAUCUUGAGAUAUAAAACUUACUAAAGAGGUAGAAAAGAAAGACCCCCUAAAAUUUGUGGGGAAAUGACUUAGUUUUUGGUAUAACCACUCAAGUUAAUAUUCUUAAGUGUACAUGCUAGAAAGGUGAUACAGACUGGUCCCCAUCCUCUACAUUGCCAUGUGUGGGCUGAGUAUGGGAUGCCACAGUAGUCUGUACCACCAUUCCCUAGGACAUCCCUCAAAGCUCAGUCUUGGCCAGAGAGAACAGAACAUGGAAGAAUCAGAAUCAUCAGGCAACAGUGGAAAUCCUCUUGGGCUCAGAACCAUGAAGAAACAAUUGGGAAAACAGCUAAAUAAAAUACAUUUAAAAAAUAUGUAUUAGAAAAAGAUAGAUAUAAAUGUGUUUGGAGCUGGGCAGUGGUGGCGCAUGCCUUUAAUCCCAGC